AAGUCUGAGUCUACAGCUCUUCACGGGCUGAGAAAGGAGUAGUGGGGGUUCCCACAGGCCCCUCCCACCCCAGCAGCUUCCACCCCCGGCUCUCUGUGGUUCACAACCCGGGAGAUUUUUCUACACGGGUGUUUUUGGUGGGAUGCGCCCUCACCCCUCAGGCUUGCCACCUGCUCACUGAUGGGUGUGCUUUGGUGGCACGAGGUCUCUGGCCGGCCAGUGCCGCAAACGCCCCUCGUGCCACGGACACCAGGCGGGAACAAGCACAGAGGUUUCCGCUGCCCGACUUCGUGGUCCUGUAAUUUCCUGAGAUCGUGUUUCCUGCUUCGAAGGAUCAAGUGGAAAAGGCGUGGGAUUUGGCGUGAGAUCUGGGCUCAACUCCUAGCUCCCACUGCUGGGGUUACCAACAACCUGCCUCACCUCCCCUAGUAGAUGACGAUGGGACCCAAAGCUACAAGGGCCAGUGGGCCCGAGCAUCAUGUCCCCUCCGGGGGAAAAAUCAUCCCCCUGUGUGCUUUUAGCCGCAGAAAAUCUCCAUUAAAGCCCUGCGAUUCAAACCCGCUGGGAGGUUCUCCCAUCCGUCCUGCCUUCCCGCCUGCGGAGAGGCUCCUCACGCUGUGUGUGCCGUGGGCACCUGUACAUUCAGACCUCGUGACUUACAGUGUUGUAUACGCUUCUUUCUGUAUACUUUUAAAAAUUGAAAUAUCGUUCAUGUAUGUGUGCCCGGGAGAGUAGAUCACCUCAUAAAACCAUACGGCCUCUCAACUAGGCGAGACCCUAAUGCUGUUCUAGACCAACAACGCUCAUUUCCAAGCGAAGAAACACAGCGAGAAGCUCUACGAUCUGGUCGAGGGCAGAGUCGUGAACUGAAUCUGCUCAGUGCUUUCUGCUUCUUAUACUUUUUACGGCAAAAACAGGAUAGAAAGCACCCCUCGCCAGUAGCCUCUGACACCGUCAUAGCGUCCGCCACACCACUAAAUGUUUUCCCUGCUUUCGCCACGCAGAGGCGUUGAUGUGGGUAAGGCCACCCCGGGGAUCUGCUGGGGUCUCCAGCCCAGUAGCACGUGCUCCCUUCAGUUAAAAGCAAGAACAGUGUUCCCAUAAAGUCUGGUCACACGGUGAGACUAGACUGACCAUGGGCUGCGUUCAGUUCAGCCUGACGGGAAGGUAGCGUGUUAUAUCUCAGGAUUUGCUUAGGUGAGCAUCUCGCUCAUUACGUAUUCGUUUUGGUGAUGGAAUUUAAGCUGCCACUUUUUCAUUCAAAAGACAUCUUUUUUUUAUUAUUAUUAAAAAAAAGUCUGGAAAUCUUUGAGGACUGGUGUGCAUCUCAGAAAUGGUUUUCUUCACCCUCACGGCUGCACCAAACGGGCUUGAGCCCCCUGCCGCCCCCUGGUGGCAGAACUGGCCUCUGCAUCCACUCCGGCAUCUACCUUGAGCCUGUUGUGGGCCAGCUGGGGCUCGGUGACAGGGACAGGGGUGAACAGACAAGGUGCCGCCUCGCACGGGGCCCGCCUUCCAGUUUGUCAUUUCAGCAGGACAUCAAUCUCUCCAGAGCGAAAUUGUGUGACCUCAGUGUAGAUAGACACUGUCACGACAAGCCCCGGUCCGACGACAACGGACAAACUAACACACCGGUCUGCUGGUUUCACUUUCCAGGAAUCAGCGGCGGCCCCUUGGAAAACCACUACAGGCUAAAGCAGUUCCACUUCCAUUGGGGAGCAGUGGACACGUGGGGCUCGGAGCACACGGUGGAUGGCCGCACGUACCCAGCAGAGCUGCACCUGGUUCACUGGAAUGCUGCGAAAUACCGAAGUUACAAAGAAGCUGUGCUGGGGGAGAGCGGCCUGGCCGUGAUAGGCGUGUUCCUACAGCUGGGAGCCCACCGUGAGCCACUGCAGAAGUUGGUGGAAGUCUUGCCAGCAGUCAAGCAUAAGGGGGCGCAGGUGGCCAUGGGCCCCUUCCAGCCGUCCUGUCUGCUGCCCGCCUGCCGGGAUUACUGGACCUACCCGGGGUCCCUCACCACCCCUCCGCUAACCGAGUCGGUCACCUGGAUCAUCUUGAAGGAGCCCGUCCAAGUGGCUCGGAACCAGCGGUCUCGAAUUCGGACGUGGAGAAUAUCCGUGAUGACGAAUGGUUGAGUCGGCUCAAGGCUUGCUGUUCAGUCUCUCGGGCUAAAGUCACUUUACAGGAACAGAAGUGACAUUGUAAUCGGGACCUGGGUCCUCGCCCCUAAUGGGACCUCAGUAGGUAUUUUCGGGUGAACACAUUAACCAAGAAAGGAAUGUCAUCGAUGAAUUUUGCAAAGCCGUUCAAGAAGAGGGGUCCUUGAAGGAGAGGAGAAGAUUUUAGGGUUCAUCCUGCUCCCUUGGAUGUCAGAAGAGUAAACAGUGGAGACUGCAGAACUUUCUCUCACCUAAAGACUUUAUAUACGCUGGGAGAAAAUUCCGGAAGGACUACAUCAGUCAGCUAUUGCUACAAUAAUGCUGCAUAACAAAGCGCCCCAAAACUCAAUGGCUCAAAACAAGCAUUUACUUUUCCUGCGUGCAGGUGGUGGGUUGGCCGGGGAGACUCUGUCUUAGGCUGUGGAUGGCAGGGUGGUUGGGGUCUGGGUCGGGCCCAGUGUGUCUCGUGCUCCCUGGGCCAGUGGCUCCCCAGAGCCGGUCUCCAUGGUCCGGACAGACACACAGAAGACAAGCACACGACCGGGGCCAACUGAGGCGCCUGCGGGCAUGGCGUCUGCUCGUGUCCCGUCGGCCACAGUGGGUCCCAGCGGGCAAGGCUGAAGCGGGCAGGGCAGGGAGGAGGUGAGUGAGCGCCCAGAACAGUGUCCGGUCUCCCACAGAUCCACCCACACAGUUAAUACUGGCUGCCCCAGCAUUUCUGCAGCGCGUUCACUUUCUUCCUCUUCCUUUCUCAGCGUUCUUCCCCCCCCCCCCCCAAAGUAAGUAGAUAGAUAUUACCUGCUUCCCUUUUAAAAAGCAGAGUGUUUUUUCCUCUGGAAAUCUCACGAGUGUGGAGACAGGCUGUCUGUGUCGGGCCACCCAGAGUCUGGGGACAACAGACCCGCAGCGAGCUCGCUGCCCCGGCCCCCGCCCCGCCUCGCCAGUCACGCACACUCUUUCUGAGGCUCCGGCCUUGCGAUUCUCUGACUGUCGUCUCACACGAAAGUCCUGGAAGGACGCCGUUUGCCGUGGGAAGCGGAAGCAUCCACUCUUCUCCCAAACCAGAACCGUCAGAGACACAAGGAGGACCCUGGUCACAAGAUGGCCCCGCGUCACCAAGACCCCUUCUGUCACUCAGGGACUGUAGCCGGAGAGGGUGGGACAAUGAGGACAGUGCCUGCACACUGCUGUCUGGGGGGAGUAGAAACACGAUCGUGUUGUAAGACCGGGCGGGGAAUGUCACACACCAACGCGGGAUGAGAAGCCCCUCACCCUGACCAGGGGACCCGGCGGGGAGGAGCGUGUACCCCCUGGACGGUGGCAGGAGGUCGCCAGCUGGAGGGGAGGAGGAACACAGUGUGUCUGGGAGAGCCAGCGGGCGUGCCCCGGAUGGGCGCACUGUGCCUGAGCGCCUGAGCCCGUGGGCUCCGCGCCCCUCGCACCAGGGCGGGGGGUUGCAGGGGGAGGUCACCAGCCGGCCGUCCAGAUCGAGCCUGCUCAAUACGCCGUCCCAGCCCCGCUUGUAACUGGACACGCGAGUGAUUCUCACCGAGCCCCUGAGUAUACUCAGAACAAACGAGAUGAUAAAGAAAUGGACGUUUAGCUCCCUAAGAGAGAAAUGACUCUAACGUUACUUUAGCAGUUAUGUCGUAUGGAUUAGUACAUCUAGUAUGUUUGUGAGCAUGUGGACCUAUUCGCCUAUGUGUACCCGCGUAUCUGUUGCUGUGUAACUGCCCCAAAAGGUGGCGACUCAGGGAAACUAUAACCACGAUUACCUCUCCGAGUUGCCGUGGGUCAGGACGUGCGGGGUUCCGGCUUGGGCUCGCCCGUGGCGUUGUCGUCAGAUGCCGUGGGGGGCUGCCGUCGUCUGAAAGCUUCAGUGGGACUGGAAAGUGGCUCCCUCACGUGGCUGGCAAGGUGGUGCUGUCUGUUGGCUGGUGGGGUGGGGGGGUGCCUCGGCUCCCCUCCCGGGGGGGCUGGUUGGGUGUCCUCACAACAUGGCGGCCGGCUUCUCCAGAGCAAGGGACGCGAGAGAGCAAGAUAGAAGCUGCAGUGCGUCUUCUGAGCCAGCUUGGGAGUCACCUCUGCCGCCUCGUGUUGGUCACGCGGGGCCACCCGGAUUCGGUGUGUGUGGGGCGGCUGUGCAAGGCAGGAGGGACGCUCGGGAGCUGGUUCCCGCUGUACCUGCACCCAGCUCACUCUGCUUGCCGUCCGUUCCAGCUGGCCGCCUUUCGCACGCUCCUGUUUUCUGCGCCUGGUGAGGAAGAGAAGGCCAUGGUGAACAACUACCGUCCGCUUCAAGCCCUGAUGAACCGGAAGGUCCGUUCAUCCUUCCGGCCUAUGGAAGAGGGCAUGAGAUUCUAAAUGCAUUAUAUCCGAGUCGGCGGGUAGAACUGACUUUUAAAAGAGGAAGUUCUGUG